CUUAUUUAAUCACGUUUCUUUUAGAGCGGCAUCAUAGCGUCAUUAGCCAGCUAAACAGAUUUACAGUAUUUGAAGAAAGGGAGGGUUAUCUGACGGUUAAUCUAUAACAAUUACGCGUCAUAAAUUUGAUAGUCAUUAGUUUAACUCAAGUAAUGAAAAAUACACAUAUUUUUCCUAAACACUUGUUUUCGACCAAAAAUAAGUCAUGGAUAUACGCAGCGGGAGGAGGCGAAAGAUAAGAACCCCAAGAAGUCUGAGGGCUUACAAAAGGCUGGUCGAAGCACAGAACGCUACCGCCAACAUGACGAAACGGGAGGUAUGCAAAGUCCUGAGGUCGCUAGCGGUAGAGAACAACAACGUGGACAUCGAUGUCCCCAUGGAGGAGCACUGUUUCUCUAUGAACUUUAGUAAGAACGAGAACCUCGAGGAGCAUGCUAUGGUUAUGGCACCACGCUACAGUCUGUUGCGAGAGGUCGGAAGGGGCAGUUAUGGGGUAGUGUUCGAGGCAAUUGCACGGAGGACAGGGGCAAGGGUAGCGGUUAAAAAACUCCAGUGUAACGCUCCUGAAAAUGUGGAACUCGCUCUGUCAGAAUUCUGGGCUUUGGCAAGCCUGGAGAAGAAGCACGAGAAUGUGGUGCAGCUCGAGGAAUGUGUGCUACAAAGGAAUGGAAUGGCCCAGAAAAUGAGUCAUGGGAAUAAAAGGUCCAAACAAUACCUGCGGUUGGUGGAGACUUCACUAAAAGGUGAGCGAAUUCUGGGCUACCCGGAGGAGCCGUGCUACCUAUGGUUCAUCAUGGAGUUCUGCGAGGGCGGGGACCUGAACCAGUACAUCCUUUCGCGACGGCCUGAUCCGCGCACCAACAAGAGCUUCAUGCGCCAGCUGACCAGUGCCGUGGCCUUCCUGCACCAGAACAACAUUGUGCACCGUGACCUCAAGCCUGACAACAUCCUCAUCUCCCAGAAGUCAGGGUUGCCUGUGCUCAAAGUGGCUGACUUCGGCCUCAGCAAGGUCUGCGCAGGCUUGGGCAAAGACGGCAAUGAGCACCCCAAAGCUGGAGGCGACGGAAACAACGUGAAUAAGUUCUGGUUGUCGUCAACAUGUGGCUCAGACUUUUUCAUGGCGCCCGAGGUGUGGGAGGGCCACUACACGGCCAAGGCGGACAUCUUUGCCCUGGGCAUCAUCAUCUGGGCCAUGCUGGAGCGGAUCACCUUCAUCGACGCCGAGUCCAAGCGUGAGCUGCUGGGCACCUACGUGCGUCGGGGCACUGAGAUUGUGCCAGUGGGUGAGGCGCUCCUGGGGAACCCCAAGAUGGUGCUCCACAUCCCGCAGAAGACACGCAGCACCAUGUCUGAGGGGGUGAAAAAGCUUCUGCAGGACAUGCUUGCGGUCAACCCCCUGGACCGGCCUGAUGCCUUCCAACUGGAGGUGCUGGUGAACCUAGUCACGUGUGCUGCGUGACACCGCUCCCCUCCCAUUCCCCUUUCCAAACCAUGGCCAGUAAGAGAAGGGUCUGCUUUUUUACCAGAUGUUUACUAACUCAAUGUGGGAUCCCGAGUCUGUACAGAGGUGGAAAAAGGGACUCUGAUCAUCUCUGAACUGUAACGCCUCUGUGAUUGAGGCCAGCACUUCAAAAAUCAGGACACCAUCACAGGAAAAGCUAUGCAAUCAAGUCGUAUGGAAAGUCAGGUUCUCGCCCCGCAUCUUCUGUUUUUUAAAUUUGGAACGUCGUCACCAAAAAGCCAAAAGACAUUCACCAAUGUAUGAUGGUCAGCUAUGCCAGACCAGUGCUUCCUUGCACACCUGCUUUGAAAUGGCCCAAAGGAGUAAUCGUGAUUAAGUUAUGUUUAUAUCUUUUUUUCUUUGGUCCGGUUAUGGACGGGUUCUUCCUUCUCCAAUGUUGACAUGUGUUGUUGGAUGGGGCCACAGGCUAGUAUGAAUGGAUCAUUGUCACGUAUGGACUGGAGAGGCUAACAUGUUGCACUGUGGACCCUCUAUGCCAGAGGUUUAAAAAGUUUUCCUAAAAUGACCGAUGAUAAUGUAGAAGGGACUUAAUUUGUAUCAUGGACUUAGUACUGGGAUGGACGUGAACCUUCUUAUGAUGGGAUAAAUGUCAGACAUUUUGGUCAGGGAGUUGGUCAGCCAUGGAUUACCAGUACUAUGAUAAGAUAUUAUGGAAAUAGAAUUUAACUGCACUGCUGACAAACAUACACGUUAUUGUAUCUGCACUCUCUGUUUAUUAGCUAGCCAGACAGAUUUAGGCCACUUUUUUAAAACAUUUAUGGAAUAAUUUAACUGCCAAUAGUCUGAGUCUAUUCGCGUAAUAAUAAGGAAUUACCCUCGACCACGCCCCAUAAACAGCAAACAUUCUUCUCCAAUAAGCAAUAAGGCCCGAAGAGGUGAGGUGUAUAUAGCCAAUAUACCACGGCUAAGGGCUGCUCUUAGGCACAACGCAACGCAGAGUGCCUGGACACAGCCCUUAGUCGUGGUAUAUUGGCCGUGUACCACAAACCCCCGAGGUGCCUUAUUGCUAUUAUAAACUGGUUACCUACGUAAUUAGAGCAGUAAAAACAAAUGUUUUGUUGUACCCGUGGUUUACGGUCUGAUAUAUAACGGCUGUUAGCCAAUCAGCAUUCAGGGCUCGAACUACCCAGUUUAUACAUGCCAACAUUCCAUUCAUACAAUGCAGUCAAUCCACAGGCAUACACUGGCUGAAAUUGAUGAUGAGACUCAGACAAGUUGUAAAUGCAACAGGUAUUGACUGAUACUGUAUCAUAUAAUGACACUCCCAGCUUUCCAAGAGAACUGUUAUGGUCUGUUUUAAAGGCUAUUUAUACAGAAAAUUGCUAUUAAACCUAAAUAAAUGGCAUUUAUAAUUAUGACUAAAUCUAUUACACAAUUUCUGAUAUGCAGAAAGAUAAAAGGCAUUUGAUAAAUAAAAGCAGGGUUAUUCCUCUACUGCCAUUCAUUCCAAUGAGACUGGUUUGGCCAAUAUGGUUGCUAUUUUCACCCCAUUCUGGAACUUUGAGAGUUUAGUAAUUUACUAGCAUCUCUAUGACUUGUAUACUGUGAAUGGGAAUUAAAUUCAAUACAACUUUAUUAUACAGACAAUUAACAACAGUGGGUUUAGGCCCUUUUUGUUGGUUAAGCAGUUACCCGUCCUCAAUGUGGACUCACGGACCAAGUAUCAACCAAGCUGCAUCAACACCCUUUUUUUCCUCCCUCUACACUCUUGUGCCUUACUUUACCUUCAUCAAAUGGAGAGCUAACUCAUUUUUUGGGGGGUGAAUCAAAUAUUUUAAUGCAGUAUAUAAAAAAAUAUUUUGAUGCAGUAUAUAAUUUGUCCCUGGUAGCAGGCCUGUAUCAGUUGAUAUGUUGUGCAUUUGAAGACAGAACUGUUUGUCUCUCUAUGAGAUUAUAAAAUGGUUUUAGGGGCAUUGCUUUAACCAAAUUGUCCAAGAGUUUGGACACUGGUGUCACAAUGUAAUAUUGGGCUAAAUCGAAAUUGAUUAUAUCAUGUAUCCAAAAAAGGAGGCAUGAUAUGGAAUGAUGUUAAUUUAAGACCAAAAAAUGAUAUUAACUCCCAACUUUUGACUGAGUAGCUAGUAAUUACUAUGAAAAGUCUUAGACGUGUAUAUUGUAUGUCACUUACCAUUAUGUUUUUGAACUUGCACAGUCAUAUUUUCUACAGGAAUUUAUAAUAAAAAAUAGUGAGCAUUUUAUGGUUUCAGUGUGAGAUGUGCAUGAAGAUUCAUGACCCUAACCAAGUGAAUUGUAUUCUGGCUACUCAGACUCACUUUGCAGUCUAAUACCAUGUAAGGGAAAAGUGGGAACCUUUUUUGAGUGCUUCCAAAAAUGUCUUUUUUUUUUAAACACUUAUUUGACUUUUGAUAGUGUUACAAUAAAAUUUGCCUUUAACAUUGUGUAAAUAAUGCUAUGGGAUCGAAAGGACAGUUGGAAUCAAUAUCAUCUGAUCUUUGAGUGGUUCUUGAAUAUCUGUUGUGGAUGUACUUCCAUUUAGGAAGUCUGUAUGGGGAUGUAUUGGGAAUAGUUCCCCAAGUAACACCAAGACGAGGCUAGAAACGUCUUUCCAAAAUGGGUCCACUUUAGUCCACAACAUCUGCCUAGCUGAAGUCUCUUCUCUUAAUGAAAGCAUUUCCAAACUGGCAGAAUGUCAUGUUCAGUACACAGUAAUGCUCCGUAUAACAUGUUGAGCCAUCAGUUGGUUUUCUUGUCUGUGUUCUGUAACUUUAGUGAAUAGUGCAUGGUGCCAUGUUCCUUGUUUACCAUUUGAGCCCAUUUUGGUCGUUUCACUUCACACGGUAAACGAGGGGUGUGUGUGUGGAAAUCGCAGUUGAGUGGACAGGUAUUAUACACCCCAGACGUACACACCCCCCCCCC